GAUUCAUAUCCCGGAAAUACACUGCCGUCGAUGGAAAGAUGGCGUUAUGAGCAGCUCUAGACUGUAACAAAAAGUGGGGCAGUAGAGUCAAGAGACAAGAAUGAUUAACCUGCGUUUGUCGGUUCACCUAAGGACAGAAAAGGCCAAACUGACAUUAGUCAUAAAUGUAAAUUAAUACAGUUGCACACUUGGUUAUGUGAGGGCGCGCCACAGAUGGACAAAGACAGACUCGCAGCUGGUGCAUGCUCAUGGCUGGAUAUGCAUCAUUUUAUUGGGGACCUUAUGGCAGCAAGUGCUUCAGUCUCUGGUCAUCCACUGAGAGAGCAACGUACUGAGGAGGCACUGAGUUCCACAUGGCCCAAAGUAUCUCAUCCUCCUCAGUCUACCCCAUCCAGACAGAGCCAGGUGAAAAGUGCUGUUCGGUUUGGUCUGCAUUCUGAGGAAAGGGAAAGGGAGCCCAUAGAUCAUGAAAGCCAUGUUCAGCAUCGUACCUGCACAUGUCCUGGCUGCCCUCUUUCCUCAUCUUCUUCUAGUUCCUCAAUCCAGACCCUGAAACCCAGAACCAGCCCGGCCUCACAGAUCCAACCACCUUCGCCCCUACAAUCCACCCCAUCAGAGCAGGCCAAAGAGCCCAGCCCUGUCCCAGUCAGCCUGGGUUUGUGUCUAGGUUUGGGUCUCUCUCUGGAAGAGGAAAACAGAGAGCCCAGCAGCACAUCUGGUCACCCCCAGCAGGAGGACAAAGGCACUAGCACACACAGCCCAAUCCCUCAGGCAAAUCCUGAGUCCCCAGGUGCCCCACCUGUUCAGGCCUUUGCAUGUCUAUGCUGCCAUCGUGGUUUGCAAACCUGUAGCCAACUUCUACGCCAACAAAAAGACCCAGAGGCACACGUUGCCCACCAUCACUACCAUCACCACCACCAUCACUGCCCGCUCACCUCCUGCACAUCAUGUACGCUCCCCUCCUUCCCUUGCCUGUCCUGUCAGCGCACCUUCCCCACUUGCGCCGAGCUCCUGCGGCAUCAGCAGGGCCACGCUCAGCAGGAGGGCCUGCAGCAGCUCCCAUGCAUGCACUGCAAUGCCUCUUUUCCCCGGCCGUCGCAACUACUGCAGCACCAGCGAACACAGCACGCAUCCAAAACGGGCGGCUUCCUGUGCGCCGAGUGUGGGCGAGCGUUCAACUCACACAGCAAUCUGCGCAUUCACCUCAACGUGCACACUGGCGCCCGACCGUAUAGCUGCACCGACUGCGGCAAGAGUUUCAGCCAGUCUGGAGCACUUAAGAUUCAUCGCCGAAUUCACACUGGAGAGAGGCCGUACACCUGUUCUUAUUGCGGGAGGGGUUUCCCUCACCUGGCUGGGGUAAGAGCGCAUCAGCGAAUUCACACGGGAGAGAAACCAUACCGCUGCGGUCAGUGUGGAAAGUGCUUUACUCAGUCUGGGGCUCUGAAGAUCCACACUCGCAUACACACCGGCGAGAGGCCUUUCGUGUGCGGCCUCUGUGGAAAGAGCUUUUCAAACCGUUCCGGCAUCCGCUUUCAUCACCGCACGGUUCACGGGAUCGUGACGGAGCCCAACUCUGUGGGCAGGCCUAGUCUGGCUGCUUCUGCGUCAUCCACAAUUUCAGAAUUCCAGAGAAUUCAAGCCUCCAGUCUCAACCAGAUUCAUCUCCGGCAAAUGGAAGGGAAGAGUCCACCCAGUAAAGAGCAGUUAAGUGGGGAUGGGGACAAAGCAGCCCUUCCGUAUGCCUGCGAGGACUGCGGACAGCGCUUUCCAGAUGCUCCGUCUAGAAACAGACACCAGACAUUGCAACACUACUCUUCGGAAGAGAGAGAGAAGGAAGAGAUCAGCUCAGAUAAAACUAAAGAUUAGACAACAACAGCGAACAUUACUGACUCUUUGUAUUUCAAAAGAGAGGGAAGAAAAGGGCAACUUUAAUAAAUAAUGUAUUAAGUCAGGUAUUGAGCCUGAAACAUAAACAAGGCCAAGAGCUGAUGUCAGCCUCCUCACACUGACUAUCCACUUGUUAAGUCGUGACACAAGAAAUACUGUUUCUUGGUCCAAGGAAUUAUAUGUUUCAAUUGAGAAUACCAUCUCAACAGCCGUUUAUGAGCACUAUUUAUUCAUAUCACACAUUUAAGCUAAGUUUUUAAAAACUUGUGGUGUACACUACUAUCUCUGGGCACACAGCGUCUCAGGCACCAACAUUUUAACAGUUCAUAAAAGAUGAAUCACUGUCUGGCCAUCUGAGAUUUCGGUAUGGAGAUAAAGGUUAGGAUUGUGAUUGUUCAGUAGUCUGACAGCACACUAUAAGUUAGCACUGUUUGUUGUUUGCUUUUGCCAUUUCAUGAGCAUUUGGACCCAGAAAUGGUGAUGCGUGAUGUCAGAUUUAACAAGUGAAAUCUUGUUUUGGAUUCUUUUUCUUGUUAUUUGUGCCUCUAAAAAGCUAAAUUGAGACAAACUGUAUUGUGAAAUGGCACCUUAAACUUUAAAUCAGUAGCUUUGCCUAUCAGCAUAAAGGUAUUUACUUUUAAUUAUUUACGUAUACAUUACAAAACCUGGGGCCAGUUGCGUUAACAUAGCCAUUAUGUUAAGACAGUGUCUUUAAGAUGACACACUAGCAGUUUGUCAAGGGGGAGUCAGUUUUAGUUUUUGACAUCAAAUUAGGCCAAUCUACUUCUAAAGCUAGGUUUACAACUGACAAGCGACCAAUCGUAAGUCUCCAUGUCAAUAAAACCGUUCAACCAGCUUGAUUCUCCUGUCCUGAGUACGGAUUGUAAUCGUACUGUAUCAAACUGUUUGAAAUGCUACUUGUACCACUACUGGUACCACUUACAACCAUUCGGCAUGAUAGUGGAAAAGUGUUUUAUUUUAUGUUUUAGCACUUUGUAUGCAUGUGUAAGAAUUUUGUAGUUUUUCAAGGUUUUUUUUCUUCCUUUUAAUAUUUCUGUUUAGUGUUCAAACUUCUUAUACUCUUUUGAUGAUGAACUGGAUUGUUAAGAAAAUGUUCUGAUUGGAUAAUUUCUUAGGUUUUAACAUAAGGGAAAAUGUAGGCCUGAAAUAGACAGAGCAAGUUGGCUGAAGUAAUAGUGCCUUUUUUAAUGGGAAUCUUGCAAAGCACAUGCAAACCAAGACAAAUAUUUAGAUUCUGGUCAUAGCAGUCCAAAAUCAAAUAUGGCCAUCUAUUGCUACAACUGUUCUAUAAAUAUGGUUUUAAAUUAAAUGAAGCUCUUGCCAUAUUUAAAAGCAUUUCAACUUGUAGUGUGAGGAUUAAUAUUAUGACAUCAUUAGGACAUGUGAUGUACCUGCCAGGUGUUGCUUAUUGUAUAUGUGCAGGGACUGAUAAUACACAAGGCUGCCAUUUUCACAGUUGGUCAAAGGUUUGUUGUUAAAGAUAUACGUACCUCUGUAUUAUUGCUCAAAAUUAAAGUUUGGCAAAACUGUAAUGGGAAAAGUAUUGUCCAUUAUUGUUGUGUCAAUUUUGUAUCUUUAGCAUUACACCGUUGGUAUGUGAACCCUCCUUAUGUGGUGUUGUGAAAGUGGUUGGCCAGUUAUAAAGGUCAAUGAUUGUAACUCAGAACAUCAGACACUUUUCUGACAUCUGUCAGUUCAGCUCAUGUCUACAUGUCCAUUGUGUACACAACAAAAAUAAAUGUUGAUGGACCUUA